AUGGUGCAAGCAGCACAAAAGAACUUGCAGACUGGAGAAUAUUACGACACUUACUUUGCGAAAAGUGUUCGGGAUCGACCAAACUUUGCCGACGAGUCAGUCAAGGUUUACAAGGAGGUUGAGGAGAUGCUCGAUGGAACCUCAUUAUUUGGUCUUCAAAUCACUUGUGAUUUCGAUCAUGACUUUUGCAAGAGAGGGGAUCUUGCCUCCAUGAACGCAUUCUCCAAAACAGUCAACAUCUGUCCGGGGAUCUUUUCCAGCACGAAAAUGGCGCCCACGAGUGAAAGAAUCGCGCAGAUUCCCCCCACCAUCCUGGAGGCCCAUCAUUCCCUGUCAACCGUGAUUGUGCAUGAAAUGACUCAUACCAAAAGGGCCCUUGCUCCGGUGUCUGGCGCUAUCAUAGCCAGAGACUAUGCAUAUGGGUGGGAAGCCUGUAAGGCCCUCGCAGAUGGCACCUUCGAUUGGGGGUGCUCAGACUACGCCAACAAAACCAAAACACUUUGCCCAGAUCCAACUCCAGAUGGCCCAGAUGGACAAUGCUCGGCCGAACUGUCGGCCGCGAAUGCGGAUAAUUGGGCCAUGGUCGCAGCUGGUAUUUACUUCAGUCAAAAGUGCAAAAGGAUCAUACCGAUUCCAACCACAAGUCCUUCAACUGCUGAUUCUGGGUGCCCAAAAUACGACGACGUCAUUAUUGACGAAAAUGGUGGAGAUGAUUUUGAGCCCACGGGGAUGGUUUCAUUCGGCGACUCCUUCGCCGCGGGCAUGGGAACUGAGAAGACAACGACUAGCUCUUGCCGCGUUGGUUCCAACAACUACGGAACACUGUUGAAUAAAUAUUUACGAGAAGUCAUACCGAUUGAGAAGAAUAUGUGCUCCGGUGACACGACAACUGGACUUGAACGUCAAAUCAAGGAAUGGAAGAGCACUUCUACUGCGAACUUCGCCACUUUAACUAUGGGAGGUAACGACCUUGGUUUCAGCGAUAUUGCGUGGUACUGCAUCGUAUCCAGAACUGUGUAUCGACGCCGAAAAUAA